AUGUUAAUGGAUGCAUAUAUUAAUGCAUUUAAAUUAUUCAAGAUAAAAGUUUUUUUAAUAUAUAUAAUAUUUAUUAGUUUAUUAGGUGAAACAAUCAGAUAUGUUUUUUAUUAAUUCAAAGUAGAGUAAAUUUAAUCGUUUUGGUCCUCAAUAUUUUAUUUAAUUUUUUGUUUUCUUUUAAAAGAUUUUUUUGAUCAAAAAUACUUCUAAGAUGUUUAAUAUUAAUUGCAUUUCAUUCAUUUAUUUAUCUUUAUUAAUUUUAGGUAAAUUAAAAUGAUAAUAUCAAGAAUAUCUUUAGUUUUUUAAUAGUUAUAGCAAAAAGCAUAUCUAAUUAUUUCUAAAUAAUUGAAAAUUAAUUAUUCUAUAGACAGUAGAUUCACUUGGUAAAGUGAGUGA